UCGUCCUUUCACCGAACUGAAGAUCCCAAAUUGUAACACCAUAUACCCCGCGUAGGGCUUGAAUGCGUGUACGAUGUGUACCACAACACGUAUUUUACGCACUAACUUAGGUACGUAGGUACUGAGCUGAGCUUCGGCUCAGAGCAGUCCACUGCAUUUGGUCCAAUCUGGCGCAGCAACCCUCACUCCCCGCAUCCAUAAAGGAGGAAAUGGAAGAGAGCCUGCCCACAGGCCGAGAAAAAAACACCACCCUGCAGCAGGAACCAGGCAGGCUAUGGCACAUAUAUGGCACAUUAUGCACAAGAAAAGUCCUUCAGGGAAUUUCACUCGUAGGAGACUAAGGUUUUUUCUACUUGUAUUCAUUUCAAUAUGGGUUGAUGGAUGCCUACACCUAGCGAGUCUUAUUGCCUCUUAUACUUCAAUUCUUCCCAUUAUUGAUUCUCACUUUUGAGGAGCCCCUUGUUUAGAUAUACGUCUGGAAUGUUUCUCACUGCGGUUCAUUUUUUCGGCGUAAUGCACCUUUCGUCUGUCACCGUCUCCACAACAGUGGGUGUAUCAAUUACUACGGUUCUAGCCGUUAUCGCCACAAGCCUACGCCUAUGGCCUAGAUGGACCGAAAAAGAAACUUUAAGAGUACACGAUUACUGGGCAAUAGCUGCCUUGGUAUUGACCCUAGCUGUGUACUCAAACGCCAUGAUACAAAUCCUAGGUGGGGGCGUCGGCCGCCACGUUUAUGAUCUGAAAGAAAGCGAUCCUCGACUCCUUAUUCUCUACUUGAAGUUAUUUACGAGCUCCCAUAUACUUUGGUCCUCCUCGAAUGUUUGCGUUAAGUUUUCGGCGUUAUCGUUGUAUCCCGUCCUAUUUCACCCAAUAAAAAAACUUUGGAAUUACUGCCGAUGCUUGAUGGGCAUUACCGUCGCUUAUUUUAUCAUUGUCUUAGUUGGGUCUUUUCUUUUAUGUCAUCCUGUGGAGUUUAACUGGUAUAAAACCAUCCAAGGAGGCUGGUGCAAGAAUCAGAACCUUCUCUAUCUUACGACUGGAAUAAUCAGUUUGGCAAUUGACGCACUUAUUGUGGUCUUGCCAUUGCCCGUUUUAUUCGGUUUACAAAUACGGCCGACGAAGAAAUUCGUUAUUGCCUGCGUAUUCAGUGUUCGAGGACUCGUGUGUAUAUUAUCUUUCAUGAAGGUUCUGUGGCUAGUUCAUUGGGAUGUUGAUGAUUUUACACACGAGCUUGGUUUGGGAACGGUCUAUUCUGUCCUAGAACCAAGUCUUGGGGUUGUUGCAACAUGUUUUCCACUUUUGUUAAAACCCCUUAAAAUGAUAUUGAGAACUAGAUGCUGUGGAUAUAUCAAAAGGGCCAUUAACACUGGAAAAUCCUCAAGAACGGGGAUUCAAUAUGGCAAUGCUCUAUCGGACACUAUCAGAGGUGGAAACGGUAUCUUGGUUACACGAGAAUGGGAAGUCAUAUUUUCAACUAUAGAAAGCAGGGACGGUCCCACACAAGAUGCUAAACUUGGACUGGGUCGGACAUUGGAGGAGCAAAGUGCAUGAACCAAGGUUUCACGUCAUUUCCCAUCAUCCGAAACGCCUAACAUUCCAGCAGGGGCAGACUACGGUUGAUCGCUAACAAAUGGUUCCUCACCUCUCUCUAUCCGCCACCGAUUCGUCGCCUCUAAUGCCCCCGGAAACUCCUUAAACAACCAUCCCCAUUUCUUCAGAAACCCUUCUGACAUCUCCCACCCCGUGAUAUCCCACGGCGGCGACCACGCAAUGAUGCCGCGCCGUUCGAUCUCAUC